AUGACUGCAUCUUCAUCUUCCUCAGUCUCACCACUGCACCUGAUCUUCAAGCCAGCAGCUCACCUCAUUUCUUCCCCAGGCCAGCCCCUGGCUUCAAGCAGCACAGUUCCUUUCUUUGCUACUCUAGCUGACAGUUCUUGUAAAGCUCUCAGUGUUGUCAGUAUGACCAGUCUUCAAGACUCUGCUACAACUAUACACACUCUGAUAUUCAGCUCUUCUGAAGUCUGUGCAUUUCUGACAGUCUUCAUAUCAAAUACAACAAUUAUUCUUAGUGAAGACUGUGUUAUUCUGACUUAUCAGAAUUCACAGUAUGAAAGUCAUGUCUCAGCUUCUGCAGAUGUCUUAUCUGUCUGA